AUGCCUUCAUCUGAGCCUUCGCAUCUCCCAGCCGCCAACGGAAGCGCAACACCCCAUACUUUGUCGAGCAAUGGCGUCGGCAUUACAGGGUAUGACCCCAAGGAUCAGCCAGUCGAAAAUUUUCGCCCUAUGAAAGUAAUAGCGAUAGGUGCAGGCUUUUCAGGUAUAUAUCUAAGCAUCCGCAUUCCAGAGUGGCUCCGCAACGUCGAGCUGGUUGUGUAUGAGAAAAAUGAUGGACUCGGUGGUACUUGGUGGGAAAAUAGAUACCCUGGGUGCGCUUGUGAUAUUCCUGCACAUUCAUAUGUCUACACUUUCGAAGAGAACCCUGGCUGGUCGAAGUUUUACGCACCUUCGCACGAAAUUCAAAACUACCUUCAGAGAGUUGCGGACAAAUAUUCGGCUGGACGCUUCAUAAAACUAAAUCACAAGGUGGUUGGUUGUACUUGGGAUGCUACUCGUGCAAAAUGGAAAGUUGACGUCGAGAGGACAGACACCGGCGAGGUGUUUUCAGAUGAAGCAGAUGUGAUAAUUGCUGCGAGAGGAGCCUUAAAUGACUACGUCUGGCCGCAGAUCGGUGGACUAUGGUCAUUCAGAGGAAAGGUGGUACACUCUGCCAAUUGGGAUACAUCGUUUGACUAUUCCAAUAAGAGAAUUGGAGUCAUUGGGGGUGGCAGCAGUGCCAUUCAAAUUGUGCCACAGCUGCAAAAACUUGCUGGAACACGACUGAGCUGUUUCAUUCGAAGCAAGACAUGGAUAUCGACUACGUUCGGUGAUUCCGCUAUGCAGAAGCUAGGGCUUGAUCAUGAAGAUUUCACGAAGGAGGACUACGACAAAUACAUGUCUGAUCCGAAAAAAUACCACGAGUUCCGCAAAUUGAUCGAGACCGAAGGUAACGCUAUGCAUCCAUUUUCUUUGAAAGGCUCGUCAUUGUCGGAAUAUGCCCGGGAGGCUUUUACUCAGCUCAUGAAGAGUCGCCUAAGCAAGAAACCAGAAUUGAUGGACUUCCUUCUCCCCAAUUUCGCACCAGGCUGUCGCCGCCUAACACCUGGCCCGGGAUUCCUAGAAGCUUUGACCGAAGACAAUGUCGAGUUCAUCAACACACCCAUUCAGGCGGUGACAGAGAACGGUGUGGUGCUCGAGGACGGCCGACCUAUUGAGCUUGAUGUUCUUGUCUGUGCAACAGGGUUUAGUGCUACAAGUGCACCCCCUUUCCCGGUCGUUGGCAUGAAUGGGAAAACCCUAAGUGAUCGCUGGGAGCCAUAUCCGGAGGCCUAUAUGAGUGUGGCUGUGGACGACUUUCCCAAUUACUUCACCAUGGUAGGUCCAGGUUCUGGUGUGGCCAGCGGCAGUCUUACCAAGAUCAUCGAGAGCGUUGGCGACUAUGUCAUCAAAUGCAUCCGAAAGCUACAGAAAGAAGAUAUUAGAUCGAUGCAAAUUUCUUCACGCGCAAUUCACAGCUGGGUCAAGUUCACGAAAUCCUAUUUUGAGAAGACAGUCUUCCUUGACGAUUGCCACACCUGGUACAGGAAGAACAACCGUGUUGUCGGUCUCUGGCCAGGCAGUACGGUUCAUGCUGUCGAGGCUUUACGAUCACCUAGAUGGGAAGACUUCGAGUACGACUAUGGUGAAAACGGUGUGAAUGACCGGCUUUUGAGAUGGUUAGGUAACGGCUGGUCUGACCUGCAGCUCACUGGGGGCGAUAUUUCUUUUUAUAUCGAGCCCGAGUAUGUCGAUAGACCAUCUGCUCCGUUCCCGGAGACGACCGAGAAGUGGAAUUAUCGUUCCUUCUCACACUGA